GUGUGCCACUUUAUCGGUGCCUCCGUGUACGAGAGCUGCAGGUACAAGUGUGAGACAUGCCGCGAGCUCGGUUGCCACAGGUGCGACAAUUGUUGCCUCAAUUUCAACUCCAGCUCCACUUCGAUUACUUGCGGUAUCUUGCAUCAGAAAUGCAAGCAGGUGAGCCAGGAGAGAGCGUAUCUGAUCAUGGGCGAUGAGUCGUGGCCUAUCGAGGGUGGGAUUCGCUACGUGGUCGAUGCGAAGACUACGCUGUUCGGCGUGUG